UAUAGCUCCCCCUCCUCUCCCAUGAACCCAAUAAAGAACACCCCAUAUUGAAAUUUUACUCACUGCCAAAUGGGUAGGCAAGAUAAUGAUCCUACCACUGUGAACUCCUCCAUUGCUCUUCUUCAAGAGAGGUUUAGACAGCUAGAGAAGGUGAAAGAAAGGAGAGAGGGGAAAGAACUUCUUAAAUUGUUGUCAUCAGAGACCUCAUCUAUGCGCAACCCCCCAUCACAUAACUCUCAACAACCAAGGUUGGUGGUUCCACACAGGCCAACUCUCCAUGAUUCUCUUUCUCUUGGUCUCAACUUUACAACCAAACAAGGUGAUCACAACACCAUGAAAUCACCCCCAUCCUGGCCUCAAGGUGCAUCAACAUCAAGAAAUUUUGAUAGCUCAGACGUUGAUACUUCGCUUCAUCUGUAAAUAUAUAUUUACUAUUGUUUGUCUUUGCUUCCCUAGUACCUAUAUAGUUGUAUAAUAUAACCCUAUGUUCUCCAUCAUUUUGUAUCAGUAAUCA